CUGGAACACAGACAAGAUCACCGAGGAGCUUGAACUCAGGAUGCCUUUCACUUCUUGCUGACAGACUGCAACCAAGCAUCGGCUGCCCGGGGAGGGAAAGCCCUCCUCGCGUCGUGGUGUGAGGAUUUGGGAAGAUUCCUCCUCCUGCGGCAUCAGACGAGCCAUCCAAGCAACUCCGCGGUCAAACUGCCGUUGCAGGCACCCAUGAACUCGCUGAAUCCUAUGAAGCCUUCCCUUCCACCCACACCUCACAGUGAUGGGUCAUUCACAUACAAUGAUUCUGUUCCUUGGCAACAGAACACCAGUCAGCCUCCAAGUUCGCUCUCUGUGGUAACUACAGUAUGGGGAGUCAAUAAUACAUCCCAGAGUCAGGUCCUGGGAAAUCCUAUGGCUCCUGGGGGCAACUCCAGUGGGAAUCACAUGUCAUCUGGGAUACCGGGAAACGGUCCAGGAAUGAACUCUCCACGGUUCAUGGGACAGCAACCGUUCCCAGCCACAGAAACCAGUUCGAGCAAGGGAUACGUGCAGCCAAAUGUGUACGGACGGCCUAACUACCCUGGAGGAUCAGGAUAUGCAGGAAGCUACCCCGGCGGCCCGAGCGGCUCUGGUGGAAUCGGCAUCCCGUCACAUUCCAGGCCCCCGACGCAUUUCGCCCAGCCCGCCGCCGCAGCGGCCGCCGCCGCAGUCGCCGCUGCUGCGGCCACGGCCACGGCCACGGCCACGGCCACAGUCGCUGCCCUGCAGGAGAAACAAAACCAGGAGAUGAGUCAGUACGGACCGAUAAGUGCAGCCCAGCCCUACAGCAACCAGUACAUGACUCACUCAGGCCCUCGAGGCCCACCCCAGAUGUCCACUGGAAUGACCUCAGGAGGAAUGGCUGGCGCCAUGGGGCCAUCAGGUAUAUCACACAUGUCCAUGAACCAUUCGAGGCCUCCCGGCAUCAACGCCAUGUUCAGUGCGCAAAGCCAGCGGCUGCCUCAGCAUGGGAACCUGGGAUCCCGUCCAGCACAGCACAUACCUGGACAAGGAGUAAAGAGGCCAUUUGGCAGUGAGCAGAGCUACCCGGGGCAGCAGUAUGGUCCUAACAGUCAGUACCCGAGCCAACCCAGUCAAUACGCUCCCGUGAACCCCCAGCGAUCCAUUCCUUCUCCAAACUACCCUGCACAUCGGACGCCAGGCCAGCAAAACACAGGGCAGUACCCCAUGCCCCCCGGAUCGAUGGGGCAGUAUUACAAGCCAUCAGAACAGUACAAUGGCCAGAGUAACAGCUUUGCAGGGGUCAACUACAGUAACUACACUCAGGCCAAUGUUAAUGGGCCUGCAAGGUCAAUGCCUGGUUACCCCAACUCUCCCAUAUCAGGAAAUCCGACACCUCCAAUGACUCCAGGAAGCAAUAUUGCUCCAUACAUGUCACCCAACCAGGAUGUCAAAUCGCCCUUUCUUCCGGACAUAAAGCCCAACCUGAAUAGUCUUCCUCCACCCCCUUCAGCAAACCCCGCGGAUGAGCUGCGGUUGACAUUCCCAGUGCGCGAUGGCGUCGUAUUGGAACCAUUUCGGUUAGAGCACAACCUUGCCGUCAGCAACCACGUCUUUCACCUCCGCCAUUCUGUGCAUCAGACUCUAAUGUGGAGGCCAGAUCUGGAGCUUCAGUUUAAGUGUUAUCAUCACGAAGACAGACAGAUGAACACAAACUGGCCAGCCUCUGUCCAGGUUAGCGUGAACGCUACGCCCCUCACAAUAGAACGAGGGGACAACAAAACUUCCCACAAGCCUCUCUACUUGAAGCACGUGUGUCAGCCUGGAAGGAACACCAUUCAGAUCACUGUGACUGCCUGCUGUUGUUCACAUCUGUUUGUGCUACAGUUAGUGCACAGGCCUUCAGUUCGAUCAGUGCUGCAAGGCCUCCUGAAGAAGAGACUCCUGCCCGCGGAGCACUGUAUAACAAAAAUCAAGCGGAAUUUCAACAGCAGCGCGGUGUCGUCGGGUAACCCUGGACUGAACGGAGAGGAUGGUGUUGAACAAACCGCAAUUAAAGUGUCCCUGAAAUGUCCGAUCACAUUCAGACGAAUCCAGCUCCCAGCCCGAGGACAUGAUUGUAAACACAUACAGUGUUUCGAUCUUGAGUCCUAUUUACAGUUGAACUGCGACAGAGGGACGUGGAGAUGUCCGGUGUGCAAUAAAACGGCGUUGCUGGAAGGGCUGGAAGUAGACCAGUAUAUGUGGGGUAUCUUGGCAGCCAUUCAGAACACGGAGUUUGAAGAGGUUACAAUCGACCCUACAUGCAGCUGGAGGCCAGUACCAGUGAAGUCAGACAUUCACAUCAAGGAUGACCCGGAUGGGCCCAUGGCCAAGAGGUGUAAGACAAUGAGCCCCAGCCAGAUGAUCAUGCCGAAUGUAAUGGAGAUGAUUGCAGCACUGGGUCCAGGAACAUCUCCCUACCCAUCUCUGUCACUGCCACCAGGGGGCAGUAAUAACACUGAAUAUGCUCAUCAGAAUUCUGUUUAUUCUGGGCAGGGGAACUUUCCUGAUUUCCCCCAUGGCAAUCCUACCAACACAUCCAUUAAUGAGUUUAUUCAUGGACCACCUAUGCCCUACCCACCAGACAUCCCAAAUAUGACUCCUGACAAGCCCCUCGGGCACUCUAUGCCAGAUCAGAUUCCUCAUUCUGGAACAAUGGAUCAAUCUCACAAUACUCUGCAGCAAGGAGUCCAUGCCUCUCACCUUGGCACACAACCUGGGCAGUCACUGCACCACAGAAGCCCCUCCCAGCACCCACGGCAACUGCAACAGGCAGGCACCGGUGCUCAUUCACAUAGCGAAUUGUCUUUCAACCCAUCUUCGGUUAUGGAAGGUCAGGCAAGUGGCCAAGGAGCAGCUGAUGUUCCAGAACCUUCUCUGGAACUUCUUCCAGAGAUCACAAACCCAGAUGAACUGCUGUCCUAUCUAGGGCCUCCAGACAUGCCAAACAACAGCAAUGAUGAUCUCCUCUCCUUGUUUGAGAACAACUGAAAUGCUUCCCUUUUUUUACACAAUGGGUGACACGGCCACAAUAUCCCUCGCUCCACCUCCACUGAAGCUCGGCUGAGACUGCGCACUGUCCUGCACUGUUGGCAGUGAAAACCUAUUUGCAGAUGCCUGUGUGGACAGUACUGGUAGGAGAUCCUCCCACCCAGACCCAUUGUAAAAUGUCAUCUUGCACCUUUAGCGUUCUAAACAUCUUUAGAACACUAGGAUACGGACCAGGUUGGAAAGUUUGACAAGCUAGAAGAAAGCAGAUAUUAGGAAUUGUCUAACUACCACCAAUGGUUGUCAAAGAAUCAGCAGAAUAAUCUUUUGCUACUAAUGCCACAAAUCUUGCCUGGAUUUCAAGGCGUUAGAAGGCAAAUGAUGAGAAAGACUUCAACACAGCAAUUAGUCCUGGGCCACUAAUUGCAAAAGUUUUUUUUUUAAAUUCAACUCAGUAAUGUUGAGGAUUAUUCUCCACAUUCACCGUUGAAGUGAGGACUGUGACAUCCUAGGAAUCAAAUGCCUUGUACAGGAGGAAGCUGAAAAACAAAAAUAAAAGGGAACUUGAAAAACCUCCUUCUCAAGUACAGUGGCUUUCCUGGAUCCCUACAGUUCCUGUGUAGAAGGAAUGGAUGGACACUAACACUGACUUCAGAAUUAUUGAAUAGAACGCAAAAAAAAUUAUGAUCAGUUACUAAAAUAAAGCACAAAAGAUUCUAAGUGUGCAAUGUAGGGAGACUACAGCACUGAAAGGAAAGAGAUCUCUUCUUUUACACUGUAAUGGAACAUUAUCACUGCCUACAUUUCACAACCUGUGAGUAAAGAUGUUGGACAUCGUAUCAUUGUAAUAUAAAAGGAGUACACAGAGGUGAUUAAAUGACAGAAUACUGUGUUAUUAUUCCA